CGUAGGUUCGACUGUAUAGAUAUAGGUGUAUAUAUGUAUAUAUACAAUUGUCACUCUUUUGUUCUUUUGUAAAAGUUUAGAUCAAUUGAAAAAAAAUAAAACGAAACUUACUGUAAUAUAAACUUUAAGCAAUCUGAUGCAAUCAAUUGACGAAAAGAUAUUAGUUUUAUUGAUUAUUGUAGGCAGUAAUAAUUUAAAUAAAUUAUUGCAUAAAUUACAAGUCAAAAAAUUAGUGCUUAAUUAUUUAUUAUGGAAGAUUUAGAUGCUUACCAGAAAAUAAGUAAAGAUUUUCUUGAGACCAGUAUAGAUUUCGAAAAUCUUUUCGAUAAAAGUGCAACCGUUUCCAAAGAAGCACGAAAAAUUGGCAAUCAGUUGUACACUCAGAAAAUACAUGACCGAAAUAUUCAUAAAAAAACUUUGAUGCAAUAUUCGAAAAGUGUAGCAUUCGCUCCUAAUAAUUCAGAAGAUCUAGCUCUUGCAUAUGGUAAUAGGUCUGCUUUGUUAUUACAUUUACAUCAGUACCAACAAUGUUUAGAUGAUAUUAACAGAGCUUUGCAAAUUACUAAUUCGACUAAGUUGAUUUCCAAGCUUCAUGCUCGAAAACAGAAAUGUUUACAGUUAAUGGAAAAUUUAAACAAAAAAAAGAAUUAUGAAGAAUCAAUAAUAGAUUCAAUUAGUAAAGAAAAUAAUCAUACAUUGAAAUUACCAACCAUUGCACCAUCUACAGUCAUACAAAGUGCUUCAGAAGCUAUUACUGUAAAGUAUAAUGAAAAGUAUGGGAGACAUUUAAUAGCAACCAGGUACAUAAAACCUGGAGAAAUAAUUAUUGCUGAAAAAGGCUAUGUUUGUUAUCCUAUGACUUGUCACCGUUACCUUAUAUGCUCUCACUGUUUGAUCUUUGCAUGGAGUGGAAUUUCUUGUGAGAGUUGUGCUUUUUGUGUAUAUUGCAGUGAAUCAUGUAGAAAAAAUGCUUGGAAGCAAUAUCACGAUAUAGAGUGUACUUUGUAUCGGUAUAUUUCUUGCAUGUUUUCUGAUAAAGAAAAUUUUGUACCAGAUAUAAUAGUUGCGAUUAGAUUAUUUAUUAAAGCUGUUAAAAAAGAAGGCAUUGAUACCAUUAUGAAUGAAGCCAGAAUUUGCAACAAUCAAGUGGAAGGUCUGAUGGUAAAUGGAAAGUUGUAUAGCAAUAAAUUUAGAUCUCUUAUCAAUUUGCUCAAUUACCGGCAAUGUCCUAAAGAAAAUGAUUUAGAUUUUAAUGUAACAAUUUUUGCAAAUGCAUUAUUUGAAUAUACUAAUUUUUUUGAUUCAAAGAAAGAUGAAAGUAAUCUUAUCACUAAUGAACAUUUGCUUUAUCAACUAGAAAAUAUCAUUAAAAAAUUGACAGGUAUUGUCUAUGUUAAUUCAUUCAAGUAUCAAGCAAUGAUUUGUAAUUGUGAAAGCUUCACUCAAUGUAGAAAUGAAUGUGAAGCUACUCGUGGAGUGAUUCUUGCUCCAAUUAGUAGUUUAAUAAAUCAUAGUUGCAAUUCUAAUGUCAGUAGAAUGUUUCUGCCAAAUGGCAAAAUAGUCAUGUUUACAGUAGCUCCAGUAAAAGAGGGUGAACAGUUAUUUGAGAGUUAUGGACCUACGUUUAUGAUGAAAAAGGAAGAGCGUCAAAGUCACUUAAGAAAAUGUUUUAACUUCAUUUGUGAAUGUGAACCAUGCAAAGAAAACUGGCCAAACAAUCUAGAAUUUGCUGAUUUAGAUGAAAGACAGAAAAGUAUGAUAUCUAUAAAGAUCAUGCAAGAAUUUAAUUAUUUGUUUCCAUAUGCAUCUAAAAGUCGUCUCUUGGGCAAUGAUGAACUUGAUUGGGAAUAUAACGAAGAAAUAUUGAAACAUGCAGUAAAACUGUCUGAACUUACUUAUAAGUAUCUUGAUAGCAAUGCGCAAGCUACUUUAUACAAUUUGCCAUAUAAAUUUUAUAUAGACCAAGCUUAUUACAUGGUAUACGGAGAAAAAUGUAUUAUGCCUCAUAAGUGCUGAUGAAAAGAUAUAUAUAGGUUUUAUACUUAUUUAAUUUAAUAAGUUUUAUUUACAUAUUUUAAAAGUAAUUUUAUAAAGAAAUUUUAAAAGUGUAGUUUUAUAAAUGAUUAAAUAUACAAAUUGCAAAAUUUUAUUUAUCUAUAGAUUCAUAUUUAAAUAUCUUACAAUAUAAGUAAUGUUUUUUAUAAAAUAGGUAUUUUUAUACUUCCUACUAUUUAAAUUUCUGAAUUAAAUGAAACUCAAAAUUAUAUUUUUUAUAUUAUUGGU